CCAUCAUUGUUUUUCGCUUCACAAAUCAAAAGUGAAAGCAAAUGUUCAGAGUUGAUGUUUCUCCAUUUAAAACGCCCGAAUCGAUUUUAAAUAGAAUAUCAAAGUGUUUCAUAGGAACUAAGUCAUGAUUUUUGUGCAUCUGCUUCAUAGAAAGGCGGUGGAUUUUGUGAAUCUGUGUAAAUAAGAGUCAGUGCUGGAGAUCAGAUUCUGUUUCAUCAUGGAGGACACACAAACAUCCACAGAUCAAGAGUUUUCUCCAGGAUGCAGUUCAGUUGAUCAGAAGAGAUCAGAAGAGUCCAGCUGUGUGUCUGUGAGGAGUGAUUGGUCUAUGGAUCCUCCAGGAAAGUUUAAGAGUGGAGAUACAAACACUGAUCUCAGUUCAGUUGAUCAGAAGAGAUCAGAAGAGUCCAGCUGUGUGUCUGUGAAGAGUGAUGCAUCUAUGAAUCCUCCAGUAAAGUUUAAGAGUGGAGAUACAAAGACUGAUCUCAGUUCAGUUGAUCAGAAGAGAUCAGAAGCAGAGUCCAGCUGUGUGUCUGUGAGGAGUGAUGCAUCUAUGGAUCAGUCAUUUGAUUAUAAGAGUGAAGAUACAAAGACUGAUCUCAGGCGUGACGUCCUCAACAGGUUCAGAUCAAAUCUGCUGAAGAAGUUUGAGCGUCUGUAUGAGGGAACAGCGACGCAGAGAAACCCAACACUCUUGAAUGAGAUCUACACAGAGCUCUACAUCACAGAGAGCGAGAGUGGAGAGAUCAGUAAUGAACAUGAGGUGAGACAGAUUGAGACACAAUCCAGGAGAGCAGCAACAGAGGACACAGCCAUCAAAUGCAGUGACAUCUUUAGACCUUUACCUGGACAAGACAAAGCCAUCAGAACUGUGCUGACAAAGGGAGUCGCUGGCAUUGGAAAAACAGUCUCUGUGCAGAAGUUGAUCCUGGACUGGGCUGAAGGGAAAGAGAAUCAGGACGUCCAGCUUAUAUUUCCACUUCCUUUCAGAGAAAUCAACCUGAUGAAGGACAAAACACUCAGUCUUUCAGAUCUUCUUCAUGUCUUUUUCCCUGAAACUAAAGAAAUGGGAAUAUCCAGUGAUGAAUAUAAAGUGUUGUUCAUCUUUGAUGGACUGGAUGAGUGUCGUCUGUCUCUGGACUUUAAGAGCAAAGUGAAACUGUGUAAUAAAUCUGAAUCAGCCUCAGUGGACGAGCUGCUGAUGAACCUCAUUGUGGGGAAUCUGCUUCCCUCUGCUCUCAUCUGGAUCACCUCCAGACCAGCAGCAGCUGAUCUCGUCCCCUCUGAGUGUGUCCAUCGAGUGACAGAGGUACGAGGCUUCAAUGAGCCACAGAAGGAGGAAUACUUCAGGAAGAGAAUCAGUGAUCAGAGUCUGGCCGACAGGAUCAUCUCACACCUGAAGUCAUCAAGGAGCCUCUACAUCAUGUGCCACAUCCCAGUCUUCUGCUGGAUCUCAGCCGCUGUUCUGGAGAAGAUGUUGAGUCCAGCAGAGAGUGGAGAGAUUCCCAAGACUCUCACUCAGAUGUACACACUCUUCCUGAUCCUUCAGACCAACAUCAAACAUGAGAAGGACUAUGAGAAGAAGGUGACAGAUGAAGACAUGAUCCUCAAACUGGGGAAAGUGGCUUUUCAGCAGCUUGUGAAAGGAAACCUGAUCUUCUAUGAGGAAGACCUGAGAGAGUGUGGCAUUGAUGUGACAGAAGCAUCAGUGUACUCAGGAUUGUGCACUCAGAUCUUCAGAGAGGAGUUGGGCUUGUAUCAGGGGAAAGUCUUCUGCUUUGUUCAUCUGAGCAUUCAGGAACAUCUAGCAGCUCUAUAUGUGCACCUCUCCUGGACAAACCACAACAGAAAUGUGUUUGAGUGUUUCAUAACCAAACAUAAAUUAAGGUCUAAAGUGAAGGACCGGUUUCAGCUCAGUUCAUCAGAACAUGUUUCAUUAUCUGAGCUUCAUCAGAGAGCUGUGAAAGAGGCUCUUCAGAGUAAAAAUGGACAUCUGGAUCUUUUCCUGCGGUUCCUUCUGGGUUUGUCAGUGGAGUCUCAUCAGAUUCUCCUACAACAAAUAAUGACACUGAAAAGAAGCAGCUCUGACAGCAAUGAGAAAACAGUUGAGUUCAUCAAGAAGAAGAUCAGGACCAUUGACUCUCCAGAGAAAUCCAUCAAUCUGUUCCACUGUCUGAAUGAACUGGGUGAUCAUUCACUAGUGAAGGAAAUACAACAGUAUCUGACAUCUGGAAGAAUAAAGGAAACCAAACUCUCUUCAUCUCAGUGGUCAGCUGUAGUGUUUGUGUUGUUGACAUCAGAAGAGGAACUGAAUGAGUUUCGUCUUGAUAAAUUUGUUAAAGGAAGGAAUAAUCCUGAAAAUAUGAAAGUUCUUCAGAAGCUGCUGCCUGUGAUUAAAGAAUCCAGAUCAGUUCAGUUGAGAUAUUGUGACGUCUCAGAUGAAGGUUGUUCUGCUCUGACUUCAGCUCUGAGAUCAAACCCCUCACACCUGAGAGAACUGGAUCUGUCUUGGAAUAAAAUAAGAGAUUCGGGAGUGAAGCGUCUCUGUGCUGGACUGGAGGAUCCUCGCUGUAAACUGGAGAAACUGUGGUUGAGUGAUUGUGGCGUCACAGAUGAAGGUUGUUCUGCUCUGGCUUCAGCUCUGAGAUCAAACCCCUCACACCUGAGAGAACUGAAUCUGUCUGGGAAUAAAAUAAGAGAUUUGGGAGUGAAGUGUCUCUGUGCUGUACUGGAGGAUCCUCGCUGUAAACUGGAGAAACUGGGGUUGAGUGAUUGUGGCGUCACAGAUGAAGGUUGUUCUGCUCUGACUUCAGCUCUGAGAUCAAACCCCUCACACCUGAGAGAACUGAAUCUGUCUUGGAAUAAAAUAAGAGAUUUGGGAGUGAAGUGUCUCUGUGCUGUACUGGAGGAUCCUCGCUGUAAACUGGAGAAACUGGGGUUGUGGGAUUGUGGCGUCACAGAUGAAGGUUGUUCUGCUCUGACUUCAGCUCUGAGAUCAAACCCCUCACACCUGAGAGAACUGGAUCUGUCUUGGAAUAAAAUAAGAGAUUUGGGAGUGAAGCAUCUCUGUGCUGGACUGGAGGAUCCUCGCUGUAAACUGGAGAAACUGUGGUUGAGAGAUUGUGGCGUCACAGAUGAAGGUUGUUCUGCUCUGACUUCAGCUCUGAGAUCAAACCCCUCACACCUGAGAGAACUGGAUCUGUCUCUGAAUAAAAUAAGAGAUUUGGGAGUGAAGCGUCUCUGUGCUGGACUGGAGGAUCCUCGCUGUAAACUGGAGAAACUGGGGUUGAGAGAUUGUGACGUCACAGAUGAAGGUUGUUCUGCUCUGACUUCAGCUCUGAGAUCAAACCCCUCACACCUGAGAGAACUGGAUCUGUCUGGGAAUAAAAUAAGAGAUUUGGGUGUGAAGAGUCUCUGUGCUGUACUGGAGGAUCCUCACUGUAAACUGGAGAUAUUGUGGUUGAUGAAGUGUGACGUCACAGAUGAAGGUUGUUCUGCUCUGACUUCAGCUCUGAGAUCAAACCCCUCACACCUGAGAGAACUGAAUCUGUCUCUGAAUAAAAUAAGAGAUUUGGGAGUGAAGUUACUCUCUGAUCUGAAAGAUGAUCCACGUUAUAAACUGGAGACAUUACACUACUACUCUCAGUAUUUAGACGUCAGUUCAGUUUCCUCAGGAUCAGCUGAUGGUGAAUAAGAGCCGCUACAGGAAUCAGUGAUGUGAAGUUAAAUGAAUGCAUGGAAGUGUAAUGUGUGGAGCAGUGUUGAUGAACAGAAGAAACAAGCUUCAAGGAAACUAAACUAAUU